AAUGUGCAUGUCAUAUACCUCUACAAUCGCAUACAUCCAUAUUCCGUUCAUUAAAAUGUCAAUGCCUCAUUUGUAUGGUUCUUGGAAAUUGUUCCUACUUAUUUCUCUUCAUUACCAAUGUCAACUAUCACACUAUGUAAUCAUUCCUAUUCCAUUCUUCUUAUUGGUUAACUCUUUUGUUUCACAAAGUCAACUAGCCAUAUUUUAAGAGCAAGCAAGUCUCUUCUCACAAGUCAGUGAUUCGCCAACCUCUUCCUCCCUAAACGUUUUGCUAAUCUGGUUUUCCAUCCCAUCUAGACCAUUUUCUAACCCACAUUCAUUCUCUGGUUUGCAUUGGAACACAUUACCCCUUGCCAAUCAUGUCUACAACCAGUCACUCAUUCAUCAAUUGCUCAACAUUGAUCGAUGUCGGUUCUGUACAAGAUAUUGAUAAGUCUCAUGGUUCAUGUGUGCAUGAUAUGGUUAACAGCAUCAACACUUACCAUAUGGAGUGUGAUCCUUAUAAUGUGUUGGGAAGACUGCCUCAGUGUUUUGUUCGGGAAUUUGGUGACUUGAUUGACACACAUGUUAUUCUUCAGGAUCCUAAUAGCAAUGAGCUUGAGGUUCGAAUUUUGAAAAAGGGUAGUGAGAUGUACUUUGAACAAGGAUGGAUGGUUCUUAGGGACUUUUAUAAUCUUUGGUUUGGGGCUUGGCUUAAAUUUAGAUAUGUUAAUCCCAGACUUUUGGUAAUAAGUCUCACUUCAAGGUGGGGUAUUGAAGUUCCUUACCCUUUGCACGAUCCUCCCUUCAAACAUAUGUUAGCUACAUUUGGUAUUCAGCCAAAGAUUGAUCAAUCAACGGUUGCUGGAGUUUCCUCUAAUCCAAUUGUGCCAACUAGAUCAUUUACCCGUUCUUAUUUUAAGAAGUUGACAUCCUAUGAUGUUGAGUCUGGUAUUUUGAUUUUACCUUGGUAUGGUUUUGGCGAAUUUGCAUUCGCAUUUACAUUCUCCCAUAUAGUAUUGGUUGAUCAUAUGGGAUGUCGAUAUCCAUGUAGUCUGGAGUUUAGCGUUGAUGAUGAUGGUGAAUUGGCUUGCAAGGUUUCUGGUUAUUGGAUGGAAUUUUGCAAAAAACAUCACUUAAUCCAGGGCAAUAGGAUUCGAUUUGCUGUCAAUGAACCUGCAUUAAAUUAUGUCAUGUAUGUCUGUGUUUAUCCUCAACUAGGAACAGAAACAACCCUUAGUUAUCCUUUGAGUGAUGGCUCUUAUCUCCCUCUAUAUGUAUCCCAGCAAUAUUUUGUGGCCUCUUCAUGAUUAUGAUGUGUAAUGUGGUACUCUUAAGACUAAUUUCUGCCUCAAAUAUUUGUAUGAUUCAUAUGCGUUUUUCAAUUUG